CUUUCUUCUUUGCAAAAAAAGACUUCGUAAAUUGUGUCUGUGGCGGAUAGUUUUUAGCAAACAAUUGCACGGAAUUAAUAAAUAUUAAAGAUAAUUAAAAGUAAAACAAUUAAACGAUAUAAUAACUAAACGAAUAUUAAAAGAAAAAUAAUUAAAAACUACAGUGUUUACUUUGAAAUAAACCAACUACAAUGUAAAAGAAAAGUUAUGGAAUUUUUAGUAAAACGCUAAUAGAAAAUUCCUACUAUAGAAGAGAGCGAAGCAACAACUACAAAAAAAAAAGAAAAAUAAACAAAAGUCCAGUAAUUUUUAAGAGGUUUUAAUAAUAAAAACCAAAAGUUAUUAAGAAUUAUUAACAAAUAAAGAAAAUUUAGUUAAUUUUUAACUAAAAUUAGGAAAUUUUAAGUUUUUACUAUUCUGCUGCCUACUCAUAUUCUGUUUUAAACAAGAAGACAAAAACACUUGACAGCAAUUGUCUUUGUUAUCUCGUGUGUGCAACAGAGACAACUAUAUAUGCUUAAUGUUUGCUGAAGAAAAACGUGUGCCGCUCUCUGUGCAUUUUCAUAUAACUUGUUUUCUACUCUUUUGUCUUCUUCAUACUUUUCUCCUGCUGUGUGUUUUGUUUUGCUUUUGCAUUUAUUAAUUUUUUCAAAUUGGAAUUGCUGCCAUCAGUAUCAAUUGGACUAUUUCUUCUUGUUUAACAAGAAAUCGAGUGUUAAAAAAUAAUAAAUAAAUUGCAAAUUUAAUAACGAGGCAGUUAUAAACAAAAAUAAAUUGUUAAAAUUUGUGAAGAAAUAUAAUAAAGUGAAAUAUUGUGGAAGAAUUAUAUUAAUAUGGUGGCCACUUUACUGUUGUGCAAAAUAAUUCAAGAAUAUUUGUUGUUAUUGUAAUUAAAAUUUUGCAAAGUUAGUUUUUUUUAUUAAACGUGUCGUAAAUUUUCGUCGGUCGGUCAGUUGACUUCGUUAUUAGUGUCUUCAUCAGCAUUGAAAAAUAAUGAAAAAAAGUUAUGAAAAUUUAAUUAAGAAAUAAUAAUUAAAUAAAAAAUUCACAAAUUUUUCAAUAAAACCUUAAAAAUAUUAAAAAAAAACUAUAAAAUAAUCUAAAAAGUAACUUGUAAAUUUGUUAAUAUUGUUCUAAAUAAGUGCAUUUAUAUCUUAAACAACAAAUUAUCAAUAAAUUAAUUCGUUUUAAUAUUAAUUACUCUAAAUAAGUGCGUGAAAGUAAAAUUUUUGUUUAAAAAAAAGUGUGUUUGAGUGUGUUUUCGUUUUUCGGUUAAAAAUUUUGUUAAAAUUUUUCUUUUCGUUUUGCUGUUUUAUUAUAAAUUAUUAUCAUAAUAAUAAAAAACGUGACUAAUGCACUGUUCCAUGGAGCGUAGCAUAUCAGCUGGUGGCACUACUAACGCUUCAGGCCAAACAACAACAAUGGCUUCUGCGGCUACAACAAAUUCUAAAGAUGGUGUCACAAUGCGGGAGAAAAAAGGUGGCGCACUGCAGAAACUCAAAAAGAGACUUUCGCACAGCUUUGGAAGAUUAACAAUAUCCCGAGAAGAUAAUGAUGAUACACACCAUCAUCACCACCAUCAUCAUCAUCACCAUCGAGGUGGUCAUAGUCACAAUCACGGUAAUAAAGUUCCCUAUAAUGGUUACAAUUCCGAAGAGUAUUUGGAUAGACUGGAACCAAAUGGUAAUAUACCAACAGAUAAAACAAAUUGCAGAUAUGGAGGUCCUGAACCUGCAAAAAAUGAAAAAUCAAAAGACUGGCGUAGCACAGAUAGCACCGAUCAUCAUGAUCGUGUCCAAAGACAAUUGUCCGUUUCGUCCGAUAGUAAAUUGCUAGAUGAUGAUAUUAGAGAGGAGACACGUGUUAUAAUGCGUCCCAAAAAACCACCCAGACCUAAAUCCGAAGUCUUUCUCAAUAAACAAGAUCCUCAUCCGCGUCGUAAACGUUUCAGUGCAUUUGGUGGUGAUUCACCGUUCGGUAAACAAGAUGCCUACGUUAAAUUGGAACCCUUAGGAGAGGGUUCAUAUGCCACAGUAUACAGGGGUUUUAGCAAACUAACUUAUCAACGUGUUGCUUUAAAAGAAAUCAGACUGCAGGAAGAAGAAGGUGCACCAUUUACAGCGAUACGUGAAGCCUCCCUAUUAAAAGAACUGAAACACUCAAAUAUUGUAACACUACAUGAUAUUGUGCAUACGAGGGAAACUCUAACAUUUGUAUUUGAAUAUGUGAAUACCGAUUUAUCUCAGUAUAUGGAAAAACAUCCAGGCGGUCUGGAUCAUCGUAAUGUUAGAUUAUUUUUAUUUCAACUUUUACGUGGCCUCUCCUACUGCCAUAAACGACGUGUUUUACAUCGUGAUGUUAAACCUCAGAAUCUGUUGAUUAGUGAUUGUGGUGAAUUGAAAUUGGCCGAUUUUGGUUUAGCGCGAGCAAAAAGUGUACCCAGUCAUACAUAUUCACAUGAAGUGGUUACGUUAUGGUACCGUCCACCUGAUGUCCUGCUCGGUAGUACAGAAUAUUCCACAUCACUGGAUAUGUGGGGUGUGGGUUGUAUAUUUGUUGAAAUGGUUACUGGUAUGCCAACAUUCCCCGGUAUACGUGAUACAUACGAUCAACUGGAUAAAAUAUUUAAACUCCUAGGCACGCCUACCGAAGAAACGUGGCCGGGAUGUACACAUUUUCCUGGUUACAAACCGCAUAAAUUAGGUUUUUAUCGUCCUCGCAAAUUAGGUCACAAUUUUCCUAGAUUAUAUGACAUUGUUGAAGGUGAAACGAUAGCGAAUGCUUUCCUCCAAUUAAAUCCUGACAAAAGAAUAGGUGCAGAAGAGGCGUUACAUCAUUCAUAUUUUGCCCAAUUACCAAAAAAAUUAUAUGAAUUGCCUGAUGAAACCUCCAUAUUUACGGUUGAAGGUGUGCAUUUGUAUCCGGAGCCCAAUAGACAGAGUAAAUGAAAAUUAAAGCAAGUCCUAUCAGUGGAUGGUGUACGUUUCUACUGUUAGCAGUAACAUAUAAAUACUACUACAACAAGAUUAACUAAAACAACAUAAACUACUACGACAACAACAACAAAAACAGCCAUAAAAUGAUAUCUUAACAUUAAGAAUCCAACAAAAACAACAAGAAACACACACUAUAUAAUUUAAUUUUUAAAUGUAAAACAUUAAACUACAACCACACAUACACACACACACAAAAAAUAAUAAUUUUAUAUUAUUUUUUUAAAGUAUUUUUCUUAUAAAAUAAAAUAUUAUAAAUAAUUUCCUCAAUUAUUGCUAAUUUUUCUUUGUGUUGAUAUAAU